CAUCUUUCAUUGAACCCGUGAUGUCUUCCACAGAGGUCAAGGACAAGUGGUUAGGAAUAGAAUAUUUCUUCACUAUUCGAUACCAGCGAGUCUCAACAGCGAGCAGGUUGUGUUAAGUGCAUUCUGGGGAAUGUGGUUUUGUUGAAGCUUACGUUCUGAUUGGUCAACGUAUGACCUUUCACUUGUCACGUGGUUUAAAAACUUCAGUAGAAUGGCGCGGAAAGUUGUCACAAUACACAGCGUUGCUUUCAGUUCAUAAACGUGUUUUGUUUACAUUUACCUCGUGCGAUCCUGACUCACUAUCUGGUAAGUUGUAGUCCUUCAGACGCAUUUGGUCGCGGUGCUUCUUUCCCUCCAAACGUUCAGUGCGCAAGCGCUGUCCAUUGUGGCCAACUGUACACCUCAUGUCACUGCACUACAGGCUGCUAACAUUGCGUUAACAUGACUGAAUUAAAUUAGCGAUGAGUAGGUUAGUUCGCGUUUAGCUUCCGUUAGCUGCUGUCACAUCUUGUGCUGUAGCUCCCUCUAUUCAUCAUGAGCGUGUUGGAGGUGAAGUUCAUCGGUGAUGGAGACGCUCUGGAGCACAUCGUGGAUAAACAGGAGGGUGUGCAGAGCAGCAGUGGGUCUGUUCAGAAGAUUGUAACCUUUAAGAGUCCAGCAGGACCACGAGCAAAAGAGGAUGCAGGACACGAUGGGGACGAAAAUGGAGUCCUUGAUGAGCAAAACUAUGUCCAAGCUCUAGGAACAGGCAAUGCAGAAGAUGAAGAUGGUAUAUACAGAGUGGCGGGUUCCUCCAUUUUUACCUUUAAAAAAGCCAAACGUGGACACAGCAUGGCCCAGACUGCAAGUGAAUUGGCACGGACCCCAGGGAAAGGUGUAACCUUCAGCGCGGCCCCCGGCAUUGAACCCUCAACUCCCACCCGGAGGGGCCGCAACCAAAGAGGUGGAAGCAGGACGCCACAGAAGAGCAAGAAGGUUCAGUUCGUCUCCACGACACCCCACAGGCUGAGGAAGAGAAUGACAACUCCCAGCUUACGGUCAGACAGCGAUAGUGAGCUGUCGCCCUCUGACUCCGGGGGUGAUGAGGAGGAGGAGGAGGAGGAGGAGGAGGAUGAAGUGAUGGAGGAAGAGGCGAAAGGAAAGAAGGAAAACCAGGAGAACUUGAAGACCCUAAAAACACCCCGUAAAGGUUCAUCUGCCGCGCUCUACAAGACUCCUGCCAAGAAAGUCAAGUCCACAUCAGAAGCCCUCAAUCAGCCUGGUAUGGUUGAGGAGUAUUUUGAAGCCCAUGGCAGUUCGAAGGUCUUGACAUCAGACCGCACACUGGCACGUUUACACACCCCUAAACUCGACAGGGAGACUUUGGUGCAACUUUUAAAAGGAAAACCCUCCUGCUGCUCCGAAGAGAUCCAGCAGCUCCACAGCAAACACCAAAAGCACUUUAGCAAGUGGAUGUUACAGUUACAGUUGGGAUUCAGCGUGCUGGUCUACGGUUUGGGAAGCAAAAAAUCUCUGCUGGAGGACUUCCGUCAGGCUCACUUGGGUCAGGAAAUCCACCUGGUGGUCAACGGAUUCUUCCCCUCCAUUACUCUUAAAUCCAUUUUAAAUGCCCUGACAUUUGAGGUUCUCGAGCAUCAGGGAAGUUUCCGGACCCCCUCAGACCAGAUCCAGUACAUCGCUCAGACCUUUAAAGACAGCCCAGAUCUCCAUGUGUACCUGCUGAUCUACAAUAUCGACGGACCAAUGCUGCGAGCAGAGAAGACCCAGAGUGCACUGGGGCAACUGGCGUCCCUUCCCAACCUGCACCUGGUUGCGUCUUUAGACCACAUUAACGCUCCGAUGGUGUGGGACCAGUUUAAGCAGAGCCAGUUUAACUGGCUGUGGUGGGAGUGCGUGACUUUCCAGCACUACACGGAGGAAACGUCAUACGAAAACUCGCUGCUGGUGCAGCAGACCGGCGCUCUCGCUCUGUCUUCCCUUACACACGUGCUACGCAGCUUGACAUCCAAUGCAAGAGGAAUUUUCCAACUGUUGGUUAAAUUCCAGCUGGAAAACAAAGAUAACCCUUCAUACACAGGAUUAUCAUUCCAAGAUUUCUACCAGCGUUGUCGACAGGCGUUCUUGGUGAACUCCGACCUCACACUGAGGACUCAGCUGACUGAGUUCAGAGACCACAAACUGAUCAGGACGCGCAAGGGUGCAGACGGAGUGGAGUACUUGGUCGUCGCUGUGGAUGCAACCACUUUGAUGGACUUCCUGGAGAACGAAGGGGGAGACUGAGACAAAAAGUUGUACUGCUUGCACUUCAUCUACGAACGGCCAGCUAAGGUUAAUGGUUGAAUCUGUCACUGUUAUUAAAAACCCGGUGACAUCUGAUCCACAGAAGCUGUGAGCCCAGCUUACAGGCACUGCACAAUUUUGAAUGAAUGGUUUUUCACCUGUCAGAAAUCCCCCACUAGUGCUCUGUUUACAUUUUGUCUUUUGAUGUAUGCAUAUAUUAAAUACCUGUGAAUUAAAACACUGGGAGUGAAUUAGUUAAUGCGAUUUCCUCUCUUUACUUACAAAAAAAAGAUUUACAAUAGGCAAAA